AUGAUAGCGCACUGUUCGGACCCCAAAAUUACUUUUGAUGAAAUGUCCUUUAAAUGGGCAUUAAAUGAAGAUGCAAUGGCUACCGAAAAGCUUACCGAAGGUAUAAGAUCAUUUGCUAAAGACGGUAGAACUUUAAAUGCCAAUUUAAAGCAAAGAUUGAUGAUUAACGAAGACGUAAAAAUCAAUGAACCCCUUUCUGAAGAUAUUACUUUUACUGUAAAAAGUC